AUGAAACUUUCCUUUCUUUUCGCUUCUUCCGCUCUCGCCGCCAAUACGAGAGGCACGAACGGAGACGCAGCCGAAUUGAAGAAAAAUGGCUUGACUACUGAAAUUCUUCACUUCAAAGUCCAUGGCAAAGACGUCGACAAGUGGAACGAGCUUGAUGAUGAGAUUUGGACGACUUACUUGGCCAAGCAAGACGGUUUUGUGAGAAAGACGACGAAUGUGGACAGAACUUGCGAUUUCACCAAAGCUUCCAACUGCGAUGUUUAUAGCCAUGUCGACUGGGAAACGUUCGACCAGUGGAAAGCUAUCGAUGAGAAAGAGCUUAACGAUAAAACGAAGGAAUUCGACGACGCUUGCGAAGCCGCUGGCAUCACCCAAAAGAUGGAAAAUGCCGUUCCUCUUGGAACAACUGGACUUGCCGUCAUUGCCUCGACGAGUUCCGCCGCAUCUGUCACCGGGGCUCUUUUUGCUCUUGUCAGUUCCCUUGCUCUCUUCCAUUUGUAA